CGGGUCGGGCCGGCGGCGCCAUGGCCAAGCAGUACGAUAUGGUGGAGUGCCCCUUCUGCGAUGAGGUGUCCAAGUACGAGAAGCUCGCCAAGAUCGGCCAGGGCACCUUCGGGGAGGUUUUCAAAGCCAAGCAUCGUCAGACGGGCAAGAAAGUAGCGCUGAAGAAAGUGUUGAUGGAAAACGAGAAGGAGGGGUUCCCCAUCACAGCCUUGCGAGAGAUUAAAAUCCUCCAGCUGCUCAAACAUGAGAACGUGGUGAACCUCAUCGAAAUCUGCAGGACCAAAGCUUCUCCCUACAACCGCUGCAAGGGCAGUAUCUACCUUGUGUUUGACUUCUGUGAGCACGAUCUGGCUGGUCUCCUCAGCAAUGCCCACGUCAAGUUCACACUCUCAGAGAUCAAGAAAGUGAUGCAGAUGCUGUUGAAUGGGCUUUACUACAUCCACAGGAACAAGAUCUUGCACAGAGACAUGAAGGCUGCGAAUGUCCUGAUCACACGGGAUGGAGUCCUAAAGCUGGCAGACUUUGGGCUGGCUCGCGCCUUCAGCCUGGCUAAGAACAGCCAACCCAACCGCUACACCAACCGCGUGGUGACCCUGUGGUACCGGCCGCCAGAGCUGCUCCUAGGGGAGCGGGACUACGGCCCCCCCAUUGACCUGUGGGGUGGAGGCUGCAUCAUGGCAGAGAUGUGGACCCGCAGCCCCAUCAUGCAGGGGAAUACGGAGCAGCACCAGCUCACCCUCAUCAGCCAGCUCUGUGGGUCCAUCACGCCGGAGGUUUGGCCUAACGUGGAUAAGUACGAGCUGUACGAGAAGCUGGAUCUCCCCAAGGGCCAGAAGCGCAAGGUGAAGGACCGCCUCAAAGCCUAUGUGAAGGACCCCUAUGCGCUUGACCUCAUCGACAAGCUGCUGGUGCUGGAUCCCGCGCAGCGGAUCGACAGCGACGACGCGCUCAACCACGACUUCUUCUGGUCAGACCCCAUGCCCUCGGACCUCAAAAACAUGCUGUCCACCCACAACCAGUCCAUGUUCGAGUACCUGGCCCCGCCGCGCAGGAGGGGUGGGCACAUGCCCCAGCAGCCGCCUAACCAAGGCAGGAACCCGGCUGCCACCAACCAGACCGAGUUUGACAGGGUGUUCUGAGCAGGGGCGGCCCCAGCGGGGUCCUGCUUGGGGGAAUCCGCAGGUUGCAUUGAGCAGGGAGGUCUGUGCCUGGGAAAGGACUUUCUUCAAGGUGAAGUGCCUUGAACCGAGCUCUGUCCUCUCCUCGUGCAGCAGCUCAGCCGCUGUGGAGCUAUGUGACUGGAGAGACUUGCGUCCCUGCAGCUUUGCACAGAGCUGUGUCCCCUUUGCAGCAGCCUGUAGUGGUGAUGUUCAUCUUGCAGAGCGGUCGUGAUGGAGAAAGCGACUCUCUUGGUGCUGAGGCUCUUGGCAAAUGGUGCUGUGACCAGCCGGACUGGGGGCAGCUGCUGGGAGAUGCUUCUGCUCUCUUGGUUGGUAGUGGCAC